AUGGGGUUGGAAUCAGUGGGAGAUCUAAUCCUUAAUGCGAUCUUCACCAAGUUGGGAGCCAAAGACGCCGCUAAAGUGGCUUGCGUGAGCAAGAGUUUCAACGUUUGGGCUUCCGAGGAUGCUCUCUGGUCAAAAUUCUGUCUUGAAGAUCUCGAUCUCUCUGCCCCUGUUGAUUCGCAUGGGAACACUGCUCCAUCUUUCAAGGCAGCUUAUAAGCUGUGGUAUGGAGCUUUUGGAAUGUAUCCUUGGCACCUUGUUCAGCGAGUCAAAAGAUGCUUGGAUAGACUGAAGAAUUGGUUGAUGACCAAUUUUCCCGAAGCUGCUACUACAUUAAGAAAUGGUGUCUCGGAAGCUCAGAUUGAUGAGGCAGAGAAAAUUUUGAAAGUGAAACUGCCCGUAUCUACCAGGAUACUCUAUCGGUUUUGUGAUGGUCAGGACUUACAAGGCAAGGGGUUUCCUACAACUCAAAAUGGUAGUCAGUUGGGUCUGAUUGGUGGUUACCUGUUCUACAGUCACCUUGUUAACGUCUACUUGUUGCCAUUACACGAAGUAAUAAUGAAAACCCAGCACAUCAUAAGGGAUAUGGGGUUUUCAAAGCAAUCCAAGUUUGUUCUAGUUGCUGCUUCAUCUACUUUCAUAGAGAAGCUUUUUUUCCUAAACUGCAACAACGGUCAGCUAUAUGUUGGUUCCAGGAAUCUUGUGACUGAUGGAGAAAUGAUGCCAUGUGUACCUGAAGGGUUGAAUAAACAGGAUGCAAUGCUACUAUGGUUGGAAGAGCAUGCUCGUCGCUUAGAACAAGGUGUUAUUCAACUUCGCGAACAGGGAAAUGUUAGAAGCAUUUGUCAAUUUCCCGAGGCAGAACCUUUCUGUACUACUUCUGUGACUAAUGGUGUUAAGGUCCGUGCUUCUGCUGUUUUUGUUCCCGAGCUGGCCGACCUCGAAGAUGAUUCUGAGAAGUUCUGGUUUUCAUAUUCGAUACGCAUCUCCCUCGUGCCAGAAGGAUGCUUCGUUAGUGGUGUUUACUUCAGCAGUUGCCAGCUGCAUUGGAGACACUGGAUUAUCCGUGCAAAUGAUAGGAUCAUAUCCGACGUCAAUGGAGAAGGUGUGAUUGGCAAGUUGCCACUGUUGCGCCCAGGCGAGAAAGAAUAUGUUUAUGAGAGUUGCACCCCUCUUCCUACUACUUCCGGAUCCGUUGAAGGCUAUUUCACAUUUGUCCCUGGCAGUGUGGCAAAGGCGAAAGGAGGUCCGUUCGAUGUAGAUGUGGCGCGGUUUCCCCUUCAAGUUCCAGACUAUUUGUUCUGA